AUGGCAUUGACUGAAAAGAGAAUGGCAAAUAUGGAUGCUAAUUUAAUCAAAUCACAACUAGAGCGUUUUAUGGAGGAAAACCAACUGCGUGGCGUGCAGCAAGAUGCACUAGAGCAGCAACGUCAACUUGAAGAACAACUAAAUCAAGAGAUCAACAAGGUAAGAGAAGCAGAGGAGAAGAUCAUUUCAUUAAAGGAGAAAUCAGAGGAAGAUCAACAAAGAUUCAAUCAAGAUAUUGAAAAGAACAAUGAAGAAUUUGGUCAACAAUUGUACAACUUAAGAGAUCAUUUAACAUCAGCAGAUACAACUAAAUUGUUACAAGAUUAUAAAAAGAUGGAAUACAAACCUGCAGAAAGAAAUGAUAUACUCAAUGGCAUCCACACAAGAAUUACAGAAUUAACAUCGUUACCCAGGAUAAACAAACUAGAGCGUCUUGCCGCUUCCCACGCUAAAGAAUCGGUCUUGGCCGAUUUGCCGCUUGAGGAUAGAUGGUGGAUGCAAAUGUGA